CCUGUACCUCACUAACAGUCCGUAGAGAAUUUUACUUCCCUUUUCUUCCAUUCGCAUCCUCGGGAUAACCUCACGUCUGUCUAAGCCACAACAACCCGAAACCUUUUCAGCAAAUCACUGGGGUUUUACGACAACUUGAAACCCGGGAUUACGACGCCUCUAAACGCGCGUUGCUUCAACAAGUGAUAAUCACAAAGUCACUAUCUCACUUCUUUCCCAAGAUAUCAUUAAACCCACACCCACCACCAAAAUGUCCGUCUGCAAAGCCUGCGAGGAACCUCUCUACCUCGAAGUCGGCCCCGACUACGACCUAGACCAGGACUCCGACGACGACGACAACAUGGAUAACGGCGGCCCCUCCUCCUCCUCUCACCCAUCAGGCCAACCAAGCCAACCCCAACAAAUCCCCGACGACCUCGUCCUCCCCUGCAACUGCCACUACCACUGGCAAUGCCUAAUGGACCUCUCCUCUUCCGUGGCCCUCUCCCUCCGCUGUCCCUCUUGCAACACCUACCUCCCUACCAACUCCUCUUCUUCUUCAUCUAACCAACCUUCGGUGCCCAUAAGCGCAACAAACCCCAUCCUCCCCACCUCCUCCGGCCUCGCAAUCCUCACCCAAUACCACAACGAAGGCGGGCUUCAGUCCUCCCUCGACAUCUUACCUGCCCUAACCGAAGAAGCCUACCUCUCCUCUAACCCGUCGGCCAGGCCGGCGAGGGCGAUGCACACCAUGGCCUCUGAAGGCGAUUUCGCGGGGAUCAUCGAGCUGUUGACGGACGUUGCCGCUUCAGAAGAUGAGGAAACCACCAUCACACCAAGCGAACUCCUCACCUUCCGCGACCCGCUGAACGAGGGGAAGACGGCGUUGCAUUUGGCCGUGGAGAAUGGAAGAGAGGAGGUGUUUUGGUUGUUGCUUUGGUUGGGCAGUGGACUGCCGACCGAGGUGUUCCCGGCUGAGGUGGUGCAGGUUGCUAAUGGGGUUGGGGUGGGGGAGAGGAGGGCGGAGGUGGGUGCGGAGGAGGAUGUGAGGUGGGUGAGGGAUGAGAGGGGACGGAGUGUGAAGGAGGUUUGUGGAGAGGUUGGGGGGCGGUGGGCGGAGAUGGCGGUGGGGGGUUUGUUUGAUUAG